GGGCAUGUGACCGCCGCCAUUUUGAAGUCAUGCCCGGAAAUGCGUCAUUUUACGAAUGGAAACGUAAACCAUUUUUGACGAUGAUGUGCGUUGUUUUGAUUGGAAAUUUGCCAUUUCAGGGGGUGUUUUAUGCGAUGGGCGUUAGUUUUGACCGGAAACACGGGACUGUAGGAGGGGUUUCAUCAUAUAUAUAUAGAGGUGUUAUUUGGCGCCUCGAUCGAACUUUCCUUUUGGACUGGUUCACGCUCCAGGAUUCUUAGUGAAACAGCAGAGGCCUAUCCCAGUGUGGUCCCAGUGGCGUCUUCUUCUUCUUCUAUUCAAAGGUAUUUACACCUUUUAGAAAUAGAUGACAACUCGCAUCGUAUACAUGGGAGUCUUGAAAAACUGAAAAAGGAGAUUGCUGCACUCAAUUGUCUACCAACAACGACUACGUGCCCCAACCAGGGAGCUGGCACAGAGUCGACAUCUCGGGAAAAGUCGGCUGACCGUCGCUGUCAAACAGGGGUUGCAGUAGGGAGCAGCUUGACCUGUCAACACCAACAAAGGACACAUGGUACUAUCCAGAAUGUUUGACUGACGAGGAAAUGCUGCAGGCGGUCUGUGACUAUGAAGAAGAGAGUACUGCAAUAGGAGCAACAUCGGCAGAGUGUGUAACCCCAUUUCAACAAAACAGAGCAGGUAUACCCACAGAACCCACGGUGGUGAUUGUGCACCCGAGGGACACCGCUAACCCCUUAUAUGUAGAGUUGAUAAAUGAAAUCAGUGAACUGCGGCGUUCCAACACCGCAUUAAAAGAGAUAGUAACCGAUCUAUGUAAGAAACAAGAGGAGGCUAGACAAACACAGGACGCCAAGGGCAGCUCCAUAAAACAAUACCUGAUAGCUCAGAAUGCAUCCAGUGAAGCUAUCAUAGCUCUACUUACAAAUAAAUUAUAUCCAAGGUAAUCUACUAGGCAUGGUGUCUAUAAGGGGUGGUGUCUAAAUAAACAAUACAGACGUGUAGUAUGGCUCCCCCCAGAAAAGUUUUGAAGAGGGGCACGGAUGAUAUACAUCGAUCAGGGGAUAACCAUAAUAAUAAUGAUGAUGGGUAUAGGGUCCUGUUACAGAAUACAGAGGAACAGCUUAAAAGCCUUCGUGCACUGGUGGAGAGAUCGCGCGUUGAUGCUGCUGCUGCUGCUGCUGCUGCAUACCCUGCAGAAGCUUUUCAUGAUGUUGACAGAAUUCAUUAUACAGAACAACAUUCAUCGUAUCUAGAUAGCGAGUAUGCAGACUUGGUCAGUGUCCUAGACCCAGGGUUUAAUACCUCCGGCGCAAAUAGCCACGUGUUGGAUCAUGCAGACGGCCCACUUGUGUACACAGACAAUGAUGCAGGGGCUGGGGGGUGUGUGUUGGCAGAAAUAUGUGACGACCGGCUGAAUCAGAUGGGGGCAAAUGGAGAUGUGGAGCAUGAACAGGGUGUUGGGGGGCCUGCUGAGGGUCAAGAGGGAGGGUCAUGGGAGCAGGCCCGAACAGAAGGGGGGCAUGAUGAUACACUAACAGGAGGAGGAGGGGAGAUAAUGAGGGGGGGUGAGACCUCCUCAGGCAUAGAGGGAAGGACAGUCACCAUGAGAGAGAUGCCUUCAUUCAAUGCAUUUGAGCUUAGACAAAGGGUUGAUUUCAGAAACGUGGAUCUUACUGAACUCGAGCAAAUCCCCUACAUGGUCAGAGAAAGAGUGGCGGGUGUAAUUGAUAGAGCUGUAGAGGCCUCUCCGGCUGGUAGUGUGCUGAACGUUUUGUUACGGGGACCUUCAUUGGCUAGUGACAUACAAGCUGUUCUACGCGUAAACGAGUCGUACAACUCUGACUUGUUUAUGGAGCAAAUUGCACAAGUGAUACAGAGCAAUGAUGAGACUAUAACGGAUGAUGAAUUGGAAUUAGUGAUCACCGUAGCUAAAAAUAGAAACGGUGGGGGUUAUUUAAAAUUAGCAAAUGUCCCAUAUGAUGUGAUAUUAUCAAAGAAGGGUCGGUUUCGGCACACCCCUGACAAUACUGAUAAUAACCUGUGCUUUUCGCUCUGUUUAGCACAUUUUAAUCAUCCAGACAUGUCCCUGCAAGAUAAAGUGAGAUUUGCAACUCAACUACAUAGAUCGUUGGGUUUUGGACCAAUGCACAAGGCCUCAUUCUCCGAUGUAGAUGCUUUUGAAAGACAUCUGGGUUAG